AUGGUGCUCUCGCUGUCGGUUCCCGGCUUCUCCAGAUCUUCAUCCUCCACCUCCACCACUCCCCCGCGCCCCGCCGACGGCAGCGCGCCCGCACAGCAGCCGCAGCCGCAGCCGCAACAUCAACAGCAAACACAACCAGAACCAAUACCGCAACCACAACCCCGACGUCGUGCCUCUGCAACCGGAUCCUCCUCCAGCUCCUCUUCCACUAAACGCAACUCCUGGAAACCUUCCAUACUGGCAGGUUCCUCGACAUCACCAAGCAACCCUUCCAUCACCCUCGAAGCAUUGAGAAAUAACCCAUUCGGAAACACCUCACGAUCUCGCUCAAUACAGGUUUCCGCCGAGGAAAUAGAGGAGCAGAUAAGAGAGCAGGAAGAGCUAAAUGCUGCACUGGAACACCUUGCUCGGAUAUUUCCCGAUGUAAGAAUCGAGGUCUUUCGUGAGUUGUUGGUACGAUUUGAUGGCCAGAGCCGACUACAAGUCUGCGUGGAACAACUGCUCCGACAUAAGAAAGAAUGGGUAAAUGGUCGUUGGAAUCUCCCAGACGGAAAACGUGAUGGAGAUGGAGAAGAUGGGAAUAAGAAAGACGAUCGAGCUACCGCAUUAGCAGACCACGCUGCGACAGCAGAGACUCUAGUCCCGGCUGAGGAACGCUUUCGAUCCGAGGGAUACAAACUUGCAGUACGGAACGCCCUCGGGAAGGAGUUCAGUAGCCUCAGCAAGAGUACAAUUGAUGCUGUGCUGGCUGAAGUGAACUUCAGCUACGUGCGAGCACGGCCAACGCUACGGGAUCUCGCGCGGCGGACCUGGCGAGCUACUUUUAAUAGCAUUUUCCCAUCCUUCAAGCGCAAGAAAGAUAAAGAUGAGCACCCGCUUCUGUCAUGGCAACGGCGUUCAGACGGGGAGCUGACACCCCGGUUGAAAGAAACUGGAAGUGUCGAGCUUGACGACGAGUUGCAUGCGUUCCUCGUGGCCCCUGUGCUUCGGCAAAGGCGGGAAGAGCAGGAAUUAAGCGAUUUCCGAUUCGCCUCUGAUGUGAAUGAAAAGGAAGCCCAGGCCGCCGAUGCGCUGUACGAAUGUGAAUGCUGCUUUGCCGACGUGACCUGGGAACAGGUCUCAACUUGUUCGACCGACGCCCAUAUAAUCUGCUAUCAUUGCAUCCAGCGAACAAUAUCUGAAGCCCUCUUUGGUCAAGGAUGGGGCAAAUCCGUCGAUCUAGAACACACUACCUUGAAAUGCAUCGCACCUUUGUCUUCCGGUUCCUGUGAUGGUUGUCUUCGGCCCCAAAUCGUGCGGCAGGCCGUGCUGCUGGACACCGCUGGCCAGGAGACGUACCGCAAGUUCGAGGAUCGAUUGGCGUCCGAGACCCUUUUAAAAUCACAACUGAAGCUCAUCAGAUGCCCAUUCUGUUCCUACGCCGAAGCUGAUCCGGUGUAUCACCCAUGCUCGCGUGGUAUUGGCUGGCGUUUUCGCCGAGAUGGAGGUGUUAUCUCCAGCAUUCUAAUGUCUCUUCUUAUUCUUGACCUUAUCCCUCUACUUAUACCCAUUCUCCUAAUUCUCCUACUCUUGGACCCGCCCUCCGCCAAAGCAAUUUUCAACAACGCGAUCCGACACCUCUGCCUCAAAAUCCGGCCCAAGAGAUUCACUUGUGCCAACCCCUCUUGCAAGAAAAUCAGCUGCAUGACCUGCCAAAAAUCAUGGCAAGACCCACACGUCUGCCACGAACCACUCCUCCUUGACCUUCGCGCAACAGUCGAAGCAGCUCGCACCGCCGCAGUAAAACGAACCUGCCCUCGCUGCGGCCUCUCCUUCGUCAAAUCAUCCGGCUGUAACAAGCUAACCUGCGUAUGUGGGUAUUCCAUGUGCUAUCUCUGCCGCAAAGCCCUGGGCCCUCCUAUUCAGCCGGUACGCCCCGCACCACCCAUGAACCGUGCCGCAGCCCGACAAGGUGCUACCGACGGACCUGCAGAAGAUGAUGGCCGCGGGAACUCCGACGAGGACGAGUUUGAAGAACCAGAAGGCUAUAAGCAUUUCUGCGAACAUUUCCGUAUCAACCCCGGCUCCCGCUGUACGGAGUGUAGUAAAUGUGAUCUCUACCAAGCAGAAGACGAGGAAGCGGUUGCCCGGCGUGCGGGUGAAAAAGCCGAACGCGAGUGGCUCUCUCGUCAGGGGAAGUCGGAGUCAGCUCAGGGUACGGGUGCUAGUGCCUCCAUAUCUGCUAUGGGGCUCCGCAAUGUCAACCAGGACCUAUCUGCCGGUGCGGACGGAAGUACCGGUGGCGCGAAUCGAUCGUCGAAUAAUGCACUCUGGGACCUGGGCCCGAGUAAACCGUGGAGUUAUUGGUUGGGGGAUGUGUGGGUGAAUGGGAGGUGGAAAUUAGAGUGUCAGGUUUUUGUGGAUUGGAUUGUUGAGCAGGUUGUUGUUAUUGACGAGUUGUGA